AUGAGAAGACUGUCUACACAAUCGCACUAUCUCGAUUACCGACCAACCUAUUUGGGAUACACAGCCGACCAGAAUCCAUGGCUCCAACAACCGCAACCCUACUACGUCAUGCCAUGGCCUCAGCAACAGCAGCAAAUUGUAUCGCCCAUGGCCGACUCGCCCAUGCAGCUGUAUCCUCAUCAUCCGUACCAUCAUCACCACCAUCAUCACUCUUGGCAGCAACAGUCAGCCAGACAAUCCAAUAACUUUGUCUCUCCUGAACCGUCAUCAACCAAUCCAAAUAAUAAGGAGCUCUCGCAAGAUGAACAACUCAUGGAAGAGCUCUUUUCUCACAAUGCCCCCAACAGCAAUCCCACAUCAACUCCAAACCCAGACAACACGAAUCGCAAGAGUCACGUUCGAACGGCGUCCAGUCUCCCAGAGGCGGCAUUCAUGACGACACCGGAAGACCAGUUUGGUGGCUUUAUGAGGACUGUAGGUGGUGCCAAUGCGGACAAUCAGUCAGUUUCCUCCCUGGAAAGUGACCUACAAAGUGACUACUACUACUGGAAGACAACAACAACAAUGUAG